GUGCCCAUUCUGCAGUGACUGCUGGGAAGAGAUACAGUUAGAAGGGAAAUAAAUAACAAACUGGAAAGGAGUUAUUUUUUGAAGCUUGAAGAUGGCAGAAAGAGGAUCUAAACCCUUAGCACGAACAAGGAAAUAUGGAGGAGUGGCUAGGGGGCGCUAUAACCAACCAAACAAACAACUAGUCAAAAAGUCAUCUGUAGAUGGGAUGUAGACCCAUUAAACUCACAGGAAGGUGAGCAUCAAAAUAAGCCCUUUCUCCAGAUGCGAUGGCUGACAAUGACAUGUUAGAAGACCAUGCGAAGAUAAGGAGAGGUCUUAUGAAGGUCCUAGAAUGUGUGGCCACCAUCUCAUCAGCAGCAGCGGUGGUCAAUCCCAUCUUUGGCGUGGCCGGGUCUCUCAUUCGAGUGGUGCUUCACCACGUGGACGAUGAGGAUAUUCAGAAACUUAAGCGUGAGUUUGGAAGUGUGAAUCGAGCCCUGGAUGAAAUUUCACAGCAGAACCAGAACGUACUGCUUCAGAUCAGGAAGGAGACGGUGGAUGGCCUGUACUCCCGCGUGGAAGAGAACAUUCGCACUCAGUUCAACAAAUUCAUGGACACUGUCGAGGCUUCGCCGGCACACCAGCAGCGGCAGAAAGAAUUUGAAAUGUGCUUUAUGAUCAAUCAGUCUGACCAAAACCUGCACACACUUUAUGGUGGUGUGAUGGGCGAAUCGAAGGUCUUCAGCCAGCCCAUUCUGGAGGUGUACACGAAGCACUCGCAGGGCAACCGGUGUGUCAUGGAGAACCUCUGCAGGCGACUCAUUUACCUGUUCUGCAUUGGGCUCAUUGCUCUGAUGAGUUAUGCUGCCAUCGUCGGGGAUGACGAGGAAAGUCUGAGUGUCGAGUGGGAGGAGAAAAUGAAAGAUGUGGCAAAAAAGAUGUCAGAGGUUCUAAGCAGUCCUGAGUGAUCUAUCUAUCUAUCUAUCUAUCUAUCUAUCUAUCUAUCUAUCUAUCUAUCUAUCUAUCUAUCUAUCUAUCUAUCUAUCUAUCUAUCUAUCUAUCUAUCUAUCUAUCUAUCUAUCUAUCUAUCUAUCUAUCUAUCUAUCUAUCUAUCUAUCUAUCUAUUGUUUGUCCAGAAACCACUCAGAACAUCUUAGCUACCUCACAGCAACAUAGCAAUUCUUACUUUAGUACUGCCAAGCACCCCAAUUCAAUCGGCCAAGAAAAAAUUUAAAGUAAAAAAAGUGUCAUCAAAUAGUGUUACAAAAUCUCUAUAUUCUUUUACUUGAGCCUUAAAAUAUCUUUCAUGUAUAUCUUACCUUCUAUCAUUGUUAUUCUUAUAUGGUCUCAUGUACUAUACAGCAGUAGUAUGAAUAAAGUAUAAAUAAAAUGGUGAAGAUCUGCA